UGUCAAUGUAUGAAAAUGUGAGUAAAAGUUGCGGUUCGCUUACUUUAUAUAACCGUAUGAGAUAGUUACUGUAAUUUACUGUAAUUGUAGUUUUGUGUAUUAUAAAUAGUUGUAUUUCUUAAUUCAUAAAUAAGUUUUGGGUUGAAAUGGUUGAUGAAGAACGACUCCAGCGAAUAAAAGCUGGUGCAUUCCUAGCUUCGGUUGCUGGGCUAUCUGCAUUUAUCGGCUUUAGCGCAACUUUAUCAGUUGCCAAGAAAUCUGACCCCAAAUAUUUUAACAAAGGGUUACAUAGUUCUGCUGAAUUAGCAGAUGCUGGAGCAAUACUAGCAUUACGAGCUCUUGGCUGGGGUACUCUUUAUGCAAUAGGUGGUACAACAUGUUUGUGUUAUGGUAUAUGGAAAUUGUCUGGCGCUAAAGAUCUAAAAGAUUUCAGAAUGAAGAUGGGAAAUUUAUUGCCUGUUUUACCAAAAAACAAUCCUCCUCAAUCAAGAACAGAAUUUAAUGGAAUGAAUGAUUUAUUGACAUAUAUAGCAGAAGAGUAUGGCAAAAAAUAGAAUAAGAUAGAGUUAUGAUGUUUUAUUUAAUUAUUGUAAAUAUUUAUAGUUAUUUAUAUAAAUGCCUAAGUUGUUAA